UGGCGAAAGUAGCUUUGGUCUCUUGCAUCUUCGAAAACCCCCUUACGAGGACAUCGUAUUUCUCGACGAUACUCAACUCAAAACACAAAAUAUGCCGUUUAAAUCUAUCAAGAAUGACGCAACAGUUCUUCAAAAUCGAUAUUUCUAUUUUCACAUGUCUCAAAAGGUCGAUGGAAAAGGAUUUUGCUCCCCAAAAUCAACUUUGAAAACUGUUCUGUCGGAUAAGAAAUCAAAUGCCGCAGUUGCGCAGAAGGGUGUCAAAUGACCGAGUAGUUAGCUGUUUCUGCAACCUGCUAUGUCAAGAAAAUACCAAAAAAAAAAUUAACAGUAACUGGGCAGUCAUUUCGUGAUCGUAGCGUCAACGGACGUUUUGGUGCGGACUGUAAAGUAUGCGUGUCAGUUCGUGCGCUUAAUAAUUAUUUCCGCCUCGUUUUGGCGUGUGUAUGAAGACCGCCAUUUUGGAAUGUUGUAGUCUCAUUAAAUUGAUGAGAUAUCCUACACGUGUAGUUUUAUUAAAUUGAAGAAAUACUUUACACUGACCCAUCAAAGUAUUAGUGCCAGAAAGUGUUGAUAGCCACCUUAAGAAACGGCAGUGAGAUUCGGAAUACUUGCGCUACAAAAGCAAAUUUGUGUAAAAAAAAAAAAAAAAAGUGCCGACGAACAGCAAAUGUGUAAACGCCUUAUGGCAAUAUAUAAGGACUCCUAGUGUUGAAACUCUAUUAAAAUUAAUGUACUUAACAAAAAUGGCAUUGUCCUUUCGCCAGCUUUCGUUAAAGGCUUGCUCUUAGAGAUGCAGCUAAGUCUUGCAAAAGGGAAUAAAAAAAGCAAUUUACAAGAUAUGGCCGAGUCAGCUGAUUAAACAAAAAUGACAAGGUGAAUGUAAUUUAAUUCUGUGUGUUUCUCACCGAGGAUAGGACCUGUCAAGAUGACAAUGUCUUCUUCGUGACAGGUUCUACUUAGAGCAAUUUACACAAUAAAACUAAAAUAAUUUAAGCACAGGCGCUUGGCAUGGUGGGGAAAGUUAAAGACAUGUUCGUUUGUGUUUUAAUGAUUACGCUCUUUGGCUAUGUUCAAUAUAUCGACUCCUUUGUAAGGAAUCUCUCGAUCCUUUUAAAUUUUGGAUUUCCCUCUAAUGUUAUCAUCAAUUUCGUUUUCGCCCAAAAUUAAUGUCAGUGUCAUUCCGUUCGUAAUGCCGUCAAUAAUUGUAGCAAUCAACUGCUAAAGAUAAAUGUAUUUACAUACGUGAUGGCAAGUCCUUUUUUAGAAAACAUUAAGUAAACGAACAGCUUAGACAACUGAAAAGGUUCUUCUCAUUCGAAACUCAUCGCAGUUCAAGGAGAAAUGCUCGAAAAUGGCUGCUAACGUUUCCAUCGAUAAUAACCAACAUUGUUUUCAUCUACCAGAUCCUAUCUUCCAACACGCUCAGCAUCGCUACCAAAGCAAUUUAAUCACUGGUGUGAUCAACGCGAUCUUUGCGCCGUUCUCAGCAACAGCAAACUCUCUGGUGUUUCUUGCCAUCUUGCUGAGUCCGUCACUUCGUUCCACUCCGUCGUGCUUGUUGAUAGCUUGCCUCGCUCUAUCAGAUUUCCUUGUCAGCGUCAUCGUGCAACCUACUUACGUUGCUUAUCGAUUCAACGAAAACCUCCACGGCUAUGUCAACUGCGCGGUAAGGGUUCUCUACGCAAAUGGUUUUUACGUCUGUUACGGCGUCUCCUUUAUGACUCUUAGCGCAAUAAGCUUUGAACGAUAUCUUGCUUUGAGACUACAUCUUCGCUACGAAGGCCUGGUAACUGUGAAGCGGGUCUUACUAGUCGCAAUGUUGAUUUGGUUUCUUAACACUGCAUUAACCUCUCUCCAGUGGGCGCGCAUCAAUACAAUCGCGCGAGGCGUACACUUGUUUUUCUGGUUUAUCUCCUUAUUUAUUGCGGGAAUUUCACAA